AUGUUCCCUUUAUUUCUCUCCUACGCCUGUCUGGUGAUCUCCGCCGUGACUCGCCUGACAAACGCUGCCGCCGGCAAGAGCAUUUUCCUCUUGGCCGGCCAGAGCAACAUGUCUGGUCGAGGUGGGAUCGUGAAUCUGACCUGGGACGGCUACAUCCCACCGGAAUCUUCCUCUAACCCCGCCAUCCUCCGCCUGACUGCCAAUCUCAACUGGGAACUCGCCGUCGAGCCUCUCCACCGAGACAUCGACGUUGCAAAAGUAUGCGGUGUUGGUCCUGCGAUGGCGUUCGCGAAUUCGUUGUUGAAAAAGGAUUCGAGCAUUGGAGUGGUGGGGUUGGUUCCUUGUGCAAUCGGAGGAACGAAUAUUAGCCAGUGGGUUCGUGGCGGCGAUCUUUACAACCAGCUGAUACGGCGGGCGGAUGCGGCGGUGAGCGGUGGAGGCACCAUCGGUGGGUUGCUGUGGUAUCAAGGAGAAAGUGAUACGUUGACUCUAGAAGAUGCGGAGGCGUACAAUAGCAGAUUGCGUCGUUUCUUCGUUAAUGUGCGCGCCGAUCUUCACUUGUCACUUCUUCCUAUAAUUCAGGUGGCAUUAGCAUCUGAAUCAGGACCGUACACAGAUAUGGUGAGAAAGGUCCAACUGGGAAUGAAGAUGGUGAAUUUAAGGACCGUUGAUGCAAUGGGUCUGAGGGUGCAGGAGCCAGAAAGGUUGCACCUCACCACACCAUCGCAAGUCUCUCUUGGGAAGAUGUUGACCAAUGCCUUCCUUCAACUCUGUCUUCCGUCAAUCUAAAUACUCU